ACAGUUUUCAUUCAUUGUUUAGCAAGAGAGAGACAGGAGCCAUUACCACCCAUCACUUUGUAUCAGUACCAUCAUCCACAGAGAGAGAAAGAGGAGAGAGAGGAGGGAGAAAAGAGACCAUUCUCUUGAGUUGCAGGUCUACCAUCAUCCAACUAAAGAAAGAGAGGGGCCAUUCCCUUUGAAUUGGAGUACUACCAUCAAUCGAAGAUAAAUAGAGGGAGAGAGCGAAGCCAUUUCCUUGAGCUGCAGUACUACCAUCAUCCAGAUAGAGAGAGUGAGUGACAAAGGGGUUCAAGUGCAUUAUAUUGCCACCAUGAGUCUGGCCUUGAGAGAGAAAGAGAAAGGGAGUGAUUGAUUACUCCUGCACAUUGGAAAGAUGUUGAUCCCUGUCAUUGGACUUGCUGUCACAAUUUUCUUGUUCUUUGUGGCCCGUUUCUUCUGUCCUCCUCUCUUUGGCACCAAGAAAGCUAGCGCCUUCCAGCCUCCCUCCCAUCCUUUCUUGGGUUGCUUGAUCUCCUUCUACGAGAACCGCCACCGUCUCCUUGAUUGGUACACCGAGCUCUUGUCUCGCUCUCCCACUCAGACCAUUCUCAUAAACCGUCUCGGCUCCAUCCCCACCGUGGUCACCGCCAACCCGGCCAACGUCGAGCACAUUCUCAAGACCCGCUUCCACAACUACCCGAAGGGGAAGCCCUUCACCGACAUCCUCGGCGAUCUGCUCGGCCGAGGAAUCUUCAACGUCGACGGCGAGCUCUGGCACUGGCAGCGCAAGGUGGCGAGCCACGAGUUCACCACCCGCUCCCUCCGAGACUACGCCUUCAAGACCGUGGAGGACGAAGCGGAGCAGCGCCUGCUGCCCCUCCUGCAGUCAGCCUGCGCCGCCGGGACGAGAAUCGACCUGCAGGAGGUACUGACCCGGUUCAAUUUUGACACGGCUUGCAAGCUAUCCUUCGACGUAGACCCAGAAUGCCUACUACCCUCGAUGCCGGCGUGCCAUCUCGCCCGCGCAUUCGACGUGGCGGCGAUGAUUUCCGCCAAGAGGGCCGCCGAGCCGCUUCCGAUCAUUUGGAAGGCGAAGCGCCUGCUGCGUAUCGGAUCGGAGAACCAACUCCGGCGAGCCAUCGACACGGUCCACGAGUUGGUAUCACAGCUCAUCCGGGACAAGAAAGCAACAAGUGGCGCAGAUGGCAAAGAUCUUCUGUCCCGGUUCAUAUCGAUGACAAGUGGCAGGCAAGGGGAUGAAGAAUUGGUGAGGGACAUGGUCAUCAGCUUUCUGAUGGCAGGGAGAGACACAACUUCUGCUGCCCUUACGUGGUUCUUUUGGCUCCUAUCGCGUCACCCACAAGUACAGAAGCAAAUCUUGGAGGAGGUCGGUCUCAGAGAGUCCCGGAAGCUGGAUUUUCACCGUUUGAAGGAAAUGAAAUUCCUAAGAGCUUGCCUCAAGGAAAGUAUGAGACUAUACCCUCCAGUUGCUUGGGACUCAAAGCACGCGGAAAAUGAUGAUGUUCUCCCCGACGGGACACCCGUGGCAAAGGGAAGCAGGGUGACCUACUUUCCCUAUGGAAUGGGAAGAAUGGAAAGUUUGUGGGGAAAUGAUUGCCUAGAGUUCAAGCCCGAGAGGUGGCUAUCCAAAGGAAAUGCUCAAGAGGAGGAAAUGGUUUCCACCUACAAGUUCCCCAUUUUCCAAGCCGGGCCGAGGCAGUGUUUGGGAAAGGAAUUGGCAUACAUGGAGAUGACUUACCUAGCGGCUCUUGUUCUGCGCCGGUUCGAGUUCAAACCGGUUAAAACGCACGAAGCCCGAUUUGUGCCGCUCUUGACUGCUCGGAUGGCUGGAGGGCUCGCUAUGUUAGUUGAGGAGAGGCAGCCAUGUUAGUUCCUGUCUAUUGUUGUUUUCGUUGUAUCGUCUAAAGUUUAUAAAAUUGAAUGCAUAUGAUAUUAUCAUA